GGGCUCGGCGGCGCCGGCGGAACCAUGGCAACCGCCCAGGGAGGUGGGACCGGGCCGUGGGAGGAGCUGGAGCAGGAGGAAGAAGAAGAAGAGGCUUUCUGCGCUGCCCGAGGGAGCAUUGCUGAGGGCUCUGAUGGAGCCACAGCUGGUGCCACGAUGACCUUCAGCGCACAGAAGUGCGGGAUCUGCUUCCAGCCCCCAUCCAUCAUCCUCAUCUACAGAGACCACGGCCAGGACAAGACUCGCCAGCGCAUCAUGCCCAUCAGGAAUUUCUCCAGGUUCUCAGACUGCAGCAGGGCUGCUGAGCAGCUGAAGAACAACCCUCGGCACAAGGCCUACCUGGAAGGGGUCUCACUGCGUCAGCUCCAGAAGCUCUACAGUUUGCUGAGAGGUCAUUUGGAAGGACACAGCCUGGCUGAGAGCUUGGAAAAGUUUCGGCAGGAAGAGACCAUUGACCCAGAGGAGGAUAUGAACAAAUUGGAUGAUAAGGAACUGGCCAAAAGGAAGAGCAUCAUGGAUGAGCUCUUCGAAAAGAACAGGAAGAAGAAAGAUGACCCUGACUUUGUUUACAACGUUGAGGUGGAGUUCCCACAGGAUGAGCAGCUGGAGUCCUGUACUUGGGACAUGGAGUCAGAUGAAGAAAUCUGAUUCCAGACAAAGAUGGGCAGGGUAGAGACAAAUCUCAGUAGGCCAGCAAGAGAGAACAGUGUCUUCAUAUGUGUUUUGUCCCUUGUUGGCUCAGGAGAACCUGAGGUGCCACAGCAAUCCCAGGGUUAAGUGAGCUUUGUUUAAGAAGCCAGACUUGAUUAAAUGGAAACUGGGUAGCUGGGAUUGUUGGCUGGUUUUAGUCUUUUCCUACAUAAAAUAAUUUUAAAUGAUUUAAUCUUUCAAUUUUUUACAUUUCAGUGAGUUUUGGCUGAAAAUGAAGCAUUAAAUAUUCAUGUCCUGAGGACACUGUUAAAGCUGUAUUGUACAAAUAGUGUGAUUAUUAUUGCCUACUGGGAAGUUAAAUAUGUAUCAGUCAUUCUGGAUAAAUCAACUUUGCAUUGAGAA